UGCUAUCAGUGCUAGGUACGAAGUCACCUGGCAACACUGUAAUCGAUGAAUGUUGGCGUUCUGUCGGUUCUACAUUUCGUGAAAUUUUCGCGUCGCCUUGCGUUCGUUUUUGGCGGAUUCUUCGCGCUUUUGUCGAUUAUUCCUGUUUACAUUCGCUUAAGCCAAACGUACAGAGUGCAGGUGCCCCAAUAAUGGCCAUGAAUUCCUCACAAGUGAAGGCCCAGCAUUUGCAACAACAGAAUAACAUGGCCGGCCCUGGCGGUACCGGGUGGCCGAGACGCAACUCCCAGAACUCGACUCCGACCACAACAGUGGCUGAACCACAGUUUCCUACCACAACAGGUGCCAUCAAUCGAAUAAUCAAGCUAUACCCGCUGACCAACUACAUCUUCGGCACCAAAGAGCCCCUUUUCGAGCGGGACCCCUCAGUGCCGGCCCGUUUCCAGCGAAUGCGCGACGAGUUUGAGAAGAUCGGGAUGAGACGCAGUGUGGAGGGUGUUUUAUUGGUGCAUGAACAUGGUUUACCUCAUGUUUUGCUGCUACAGCUCGGCACCACGUUCUUCAAACUGCCGGGAGGCGAAUUGAACCCAGGCGAGGACGAGGUUGAGGGCCUCAAGCGCCUACUGACUGAGACCCUCGGUCGACUAGAUGGCGUUAAACAAGAAUGGCACGUCGAGGAUAUUAUUGGAAAUUGGUGGAGGCCGAAUUUCGAACCGCCUCAAUAUCCUUAUAUACCUUCGCAUAUCACCAAACCGAAGGAACACAAACGGCUUUUUUUGGUCCAACUCCAAGACACGGCGCUUUUUGGGGUACCGAAGAACUACAAGAUAGUGGCCGCCCCUCUGUUUGAGCUCUACGACAACUCUCAAGGAUAUGGACCGAUCAUUUCCUCCCUACCACAGGCGCUGUGCAGUCAUCAAAUGGUGUUUUAGGUUCGAAUUCAUCUAUAUGUGAUCUCAGAGACAUGUCCCAGCAACACAACCAAGUCUCACGAUGUAAAAUAAUUGGACAUUAUGAAUCGUUGAAUUUUAGGUAUAUUUUUUAUUAAGUUAACCCCCUUAAAUAAUUAUUUAAGUCGAGCGUACAGGUUAGUUUACCUAUGUAGCUCGAUCGGAUAGUGAAACUAAUAAUGACAAUUACAAAUUGUUUUUUCUCUCGCAACUAUAACAAUGUAAUGUUUGAGGACUUCUAGUUUCUAGGCAUAAACAAUUGUAGUAUUUUCUCAUGCUUUUUUUACGUGUGAAGAAUGAUAACUAUUACCGGUAGGCGACAACCAUUAUUUUUUGUAUGUCAUGAAAAAUACACUUGAGGUAACCAUUA